AAUGCAAUCAUGUCUGCUCUCUUAGCCAUCAACAAGCCUUGCGGCCUCAGCUCUGCUCAGGUUGUGCGAGAAUGCCAGCAGGCCUUCAAUCCCUCUUCCUUCUUCAAGCCCAUGAUCGAUGCAGAAAUCGCGCGCCGGCUUAAGGAAUCAGGCGGCCAAUUUAUGCGACGCAAGGCCGAGAAGAAAGCAUCACAAGUCAAGAUUGGUCAUGGAGGAACCCUGGACCCUUUGGCUACCGGAGUCCUGAUCCUGGGCAUCGGGUCCGCGACAAAGCUACUGCCCCAGUUCCUCGACUGCACCAAGACUUACGAAACAAUUGUUUUAUUUGGCGCAAGCACCGAUACCUAUGAUCGAGUGGGCCGCGUCCUAUCCAAGCGACCGUACGAUCACAUUACACGAGAGAUGGUGGAGAAGGAGCUAGAAGCCUUCAAGGGAAAGCAGAUUCAGAUUCCGCCCCUGUACUCGGCGCUCAAGAUGAACGGCAAGCCACUCUACGAGUAUGCGCGCGAAGGGAAGCCUAUACCCAGGGAGAUUGAAGGAAGGGAGGUCGAGGUAUUGGAAGUCGAACUUUUGGAGUGGUACGAGCCGAAGAAACACAAUCAUCGCUGGCCGACAGAGGAGGCCGAGGCUGCUGAGCGUCACCUUGCCGAGCAGGUCUGGAGGGUGAAGAAGCAGCAAGAGACUGCGCGAAAGCUCACGCCAGAGGAAAAGGAGCAAGAUGACCAGGCGGUUGCGGCUCAUGAGACAUUCAAGCGCAAGUUUGAAGAGCGACAGGAUGAGCUCAUUAGAGAUGCGCCGCGCAAGAAGCAACGCCCUUCGAAGCACUCGGCCAUGAUGUCUGGAGCGCUGGGACAGCUACCCCAGCCCGUCUACUCUAACAAGGGCAAAAACCUCGUCCCUGAUACGCCCGACGAAAGCACUCCUCCACCGUGGAGCGAUGAGGGACCCCCUGCCGCCAGGGUUCGACUAAAGGUGACGUCGGGCUUCUACGUCCGAAGCUUCUGCCAUGAUCUCGGCACCAAGCUGGGAUCCGCGGGUCUCAUGGCGGAGCUUGCCCGUGUCCGCCAGAGCGACUUUACCAUUGGUGGCACCAACUGUCUCGAAUACGAUGAUCUGGCCAAAGGAGAGGAAGUCUGGGGCCCCAAGGUCGCCGACAUGCUCGCGCGCUGGAAUGGAGAGCCCGAGGGACACUGGCCCGGCCCCAAGGCAGCUCCUAAGGCCACGAACCAAACGUCCGACAAGGCUGAGGCACAGAAGAAGCAAGAAAAGAGAAGCGCCAGUCCAGUUGCAUCGCCUACUGCUGCUGCUCGAUCGGAGAAGAGAUCACGGUCUCCAUCUGUAAACGGAGCGGCGUCGCCCGCCCGUAAGAUCCAGGCAAAGGGCGACGGGGAGAAACCCACCCGGCAGACAAACGGCAGCAAGGUGCCAACCAAGUCGGACGACGAAAAGUCAUGGAACGGCUUCGAUGACUAAAAUAGAAGAACACAUAUAUUCAAUAUCUAUCCAGGCAGAUACUCGCGUUCCUUUAUGGAAGAGGGAACCAUAUGACAACGUUGCGAUACCAUGACUGAUGACAAUCAGUCCCGGAGGCAGUUGGGGACAGGAACACAGGCGUUUGCGGUGAACGAACAACGUCUUAGGGACGUGAAGGCGUCUAUAUAGAACCGCAAGCAGAUACUAUGAGUGAAUGUAGUCUCUUGCGCCGUAUCACAAUAC